CUCAAAAUUAAACUCAAAAACAAAACAAAUCCUUUUUCUUUUUUUUUUUCUUUUUUUUAUCCUCACUCUCUCUACCCAAAAAUAGAAAAAUACAGUAGAAUGUAGAUUUCAUCAACAGCUUCUGUGUGCCUCAAUCUCUAUUCUCUCUCAUAACCAUUUACAGACUACUCACAGAGGAUCAUUUAUAUAUAUAUAUAUAUAUAUAUAUAAGGAUUAGGGUUCGUACAUCUUGAAUAGCAAGAUUUCAUUCAAUGUCAAUUAUUCAAUAGAUGAUUCCACCUUUUUCCAUUUCCGACCUUAUUAAGGUUUCGAUUCUCUUAUCUUUGAUAUUAUUCGGAUUCCAAUCCAUUCAACCCACAAAAACCAUGAAGGUACAUCCAUUGACCACGAAGCGAAACAUCCAAAUCCUAUACAGCGUCGAUUCUCAGACCAUCCCUGCGACGACGACAUCGCAGACCUACAUGGACGGCGGUGCCCAGAAGAAGCUCCGGCGUCUACCCCACAUCUUUAGCAAAGUCCUCGAGCUCCCGUUCGGCUCGGACGCCGACGUCAACGUCGAAGAGCGCUCCGACUGCUUGCGCUUCGUCGCCCAAACCGACGACGCCUUUGGCGACGGCGUGAGGGCCCACGCCGUCGAAAUUCACCCCGGCGUGACCAAGAUUGUGGUCAGAGGUGGUGGCAACGGGGUCGAAUUGUUGUUGGAUGAGCUGGUGGUGGAUGCGUGGAGGUAUCGGCUUCCGGCGUCCGCGAGGCCGGAGUUGGCCAGCGCGGUCAGUGCCAACGGCGAGCUCGUCGUGACGGUGCCCAAGGACGGAAGGGAAAUUGGAGACGGAGGAGAGGGUUGGGGAGGAUUGGGCCGGCUCGUCCUUGUACAGUAAUCAUCAUAUUUAACUUCCUUUUUUAUUGCCUGAUAUGUGGUUUUUUUAUAUUUUGCAUUUUUAUGUUUUUGAACUCUGUUUUAUUGAAACGCUUGAAUUGGUUUCUAAUGCUUUUCUUGUGUUUAGUUAUCUA